AUACAUUAGACUUAUCUGGAAAUGAUGUCUGUGCAUUUAGAAAACUAGAUCUAGAGAUUUAUCUGCAAGUUAUUAGAAAUUAUAAUAGGUCUACGAGUUAAGGUUUACAUCUUCCAGCUUAUAAAACAUAUUUAUGUCACGCGGAUAUAACUGUGUAUUAUAGAAUUAUAGGCUAGUGUAAUAAUAAUAAUAAGGCUUGUCUUCGAGUCCGAAGAUUAAUGAGGAGUGCAGUAUUUCCCGUGGCUACGCAGCUCCAUGGAAAACACUAGGAAUUUUUUAAAACUUUUUUUUUUAUUAUGAUGGUCGAUUUAUCGUCCUUGACAUUUCUUAGUUGAACUUGAUCUCCAAUACUAUUGCUUGGCAUUAAAUAGAUAAAACCAUAACAUUGAGUGUUGACCUGUAUAUCUAGACCUAAAAAACAAAACAUAACUCGAGAACGAAAUGAAGCAGUAAGCCCAUAGCCCCAUAUGCCUACUCCAUCUUUUCAAUUGCUGCUUUUGACGAUUUGUUUCUUACACAUUUCACGUUCUCCUGAUUUUUUACUUUUAAAGAAAAACAAUGGUCUCUUAGAAAUCAACAUGGCGUUGGCGCUACUUUCUAAUAGUCAACUAUAUUUACACAGCCAGACCUCGAAUCCCUCCGGCCAAAAGGAAGAAAGGACUUAAAGUAAAGAGAUAGUCCCAAGGGGUCAGCCUGGAAGUGGACGCGUUGCCUCGAAAACAAAGACUCACGUUUCACGUAGACUUUUUUCUAUUUUGUCGAUUCUUUGUAUUGGAUGGAGAAUACGACUCUUGAAGGAACUGCUGGAUUCAAUCUGACUAACUCUACAACUCCUGCCACAACAUGGAGUGUAACAUUGACUGCGUAUCUUUGGAUUUUACUACGCGAAGUUCUUAUUAUAUUGACUGGCUUUCUGACAAUUUUCGGGGUAAUUAUCAAUUUACUAGUCAUCAUUCUGUAUUCUAUGAACUCUAUCAGAAAUUCGAUUCACAACUGGAACGUCCUCCAGCUGGCCGUGUGUGACCUUCUGUCUUGUGUCUUUGUCUUGCUGCCCUUUCACCUUGAACUCUACGACAUCUCCUUGCUGACGCAUUUCCGGUUGUGCCGCGUGAUGCGAUACCUUCACUACAGCUUUGGGCUGGAGAGCUCUUUCCUUGUCAUCAUCAUCAGUUUUGACAGGUUACUCAUGGUCCUAUUCGGGAAGAAGUAUCGAAAAAUCUGCACGAAAUCUGUAUCCAAAUUCAUGACAUUCCUGUCGUGGUGCACGGUGGCAGCCAUGGUGACUCCUCUGGUAGUUGUAGACGUCCGCCAUGGCCGUGUCAUGGAGCAGAACAACUACAGCUGUCUACACUUCACUGGCGACAGACAAGACGCACUGAAAUACGCUUAUGUUGUGAUCACCAUAGUCUUCACAUUGUUAAUGCUGUGUAUUACAUUAAGUAUUUACUGGGCACUGACUCGAGCCCGGCCUCAGUUUAUGGUCAGAAAAAGUAUAAUAUCAAAGAGUGGUCACCUGAUAGGAACAGCUCACGGCCUUAAGCCAAUGGUCCCCAGAUCCAAAAGUAUAGGCUUUACUCUUGCUCACCGGCAAAACUCGUCCUUGACGACACUGGUAGAACGUUCCAAAGAAGUUCACAAGAAGCUACUGUGCAAGUCCCGUCGUCUCAUGACGCUCUGGGCUGUCUUCUUCUUCGUGACGUGGACGCCUUACGCCACUGCGCUGUCAGUAGAUCUCUGGGUGCCCGAUAUGGUGCCGCAUUUGUGGCUCAAGGGUUUGAUGUGGCUCUUCCUCUGCAGGCACGUCCUGCAUCCAUUUCUCUACGCCAGAUAUAUCACUGCUUUCCAACGUAGGUUUCAGGAAUUUCAGACGAGGCUGGAAAACACGUGGUUUGCGCCAUGUUUCUGUAGAAAAUGCUGUUGUCUUUUUAGUUUUCUCAAAGAGAAUUAUAGAGUUAGUUCUAUGAAAACCUUCAACGCCUUAAACCAGAGGCUGCGGGAGAAUUGCUGUGACGAGAACUCUACAACAUCAUCAUUUCGCGUGGAUACACAAAGAGCUAUUCACUAUUUAUGGCGUGACCCUCGAGUGACCAUUCAAAAGAGUAAUCAAAAGAGUUUAUUACGCUGGAAAAAUGUAUUACGCUUCAACCACACCAUCCAUCGAGAUUCAACUUUGAUUCAGUGGAUGAUACCUGCCCUGAUGACGUCGAGACGAUUCUCUCGUUCAGACAGUUCUAAAUCUAGGUCCAGCAGUACCCCAGUCUCUCUCAGUGAAAUCCUCUCCAGGCAGUACACAUGCAAGACCUCCUCGCUGUCUUGCGACUCUUUCAGGAUCGUGGACGAGAAGGAAUACCUGAGUCAGCUGGCGUACUAUGAUCAUAUGAAGGAGACAGAGGUGUGACUGAACACUGCAAACUUGGGGCUCGCUUGGAAAGACUUUUGUCUUCACUUUGUGAACAUUGACCCUGGGUGUUACGGUACAUGCGAAGUCUUGUAAAGACUUUAGAGCAUCACAGUAGAAACAACACGACUUCUAUUUACAGUAGAAACAACACAACUUCUAUUUACAGUAGAUUUGUUAUGUUCGUGUUGUGUACUACUGACAUUCUUAUAGAUUCCAUGAAUGUCUACACUGGACUUGUUAUAGUCCAGCAGUCUGUAGUUCCAUUGUCGACAAGAGAAAAUUAAAUGUAUUGAUGACUAUUUCUA